UCACGGGUGGAGUUCGUCGAUGUGGAAAGCGCGCCAGGCCUGCCUCGGCUAGCGCAGUGCUCCACCAAAAAAGUUCCUUGUCGAAGUUCGAGGUCUGCGCGAAGCAAAGCUACACACCCACCGAUCGCAUACAGUUCGCACAGAAUAUCCCGCCAUGGCUGCCGAAGUACAGCUGCUGCAGCCCGUGAAGCUGACCAAGGGCCCCUCCACUGUCACAUCCGAGCAGCAAUAUUGGAACUCAUUCACCUCGGAGCUUCGCCUUGACCCGUCGCAGCACUCGUCGUCAGUAACUCACAUCUCGAUCCCGCCUCCGCCACCCUCGAACUCGCUCACUGCGCCGCAAGAUCUUUUUGCAGUCACCACUGGAUCACGUGUGCAGAUAUUCUCCUCCAAAACUCGGAAGGUCGUCAAGACCAUCUCGCGCUUCGGCGUUGACGACAUUGCGCGCUCCGGAAAUCUGAGAAGAGACGGCCGCAUAUUGGUCGCGGGUGGUGACAGCGGGUCGAUUCAGGCGUUUGAUGUAAAGAGUAGAGCGAUUUUGAAGACAUGGAAGGAGCACAAGCAGCCCGUCUGGACCACAGAAUGGAACCCUUCAGACCUCACAGGUCUCAUGAGUUGCUCCGACGACCGCACAGUGCGCCUAUGGGAUCUGCCCAGCGACACGAGCAUCACCACUUUCGAGGGCCACCAGGACUACGUGCGCACAGGCACAUUUAUGCCCGCGCAGUCGGGUCUCCUCGUCUCCGGUUCCUACGAUCAGACUGUCCGCCUCUGGGACUCGCGUGCAGGCGGUAAAGCAGUGAUGGUGUUCAAGCAUCAGCACCCCAUCGAGACCGUUCUACCCAUGCCCUCUGGUACCGCUGUGCUUGCAACCAGCGACAACGCUAUCUCCGUCCUGGAUAUCGUCGCCGCAAAGCCGAUCCACAUGCUACGCAACCACCAAAAGACAGUUACAGCCCUCUCUCUCGCAAACAAUGGUUCGCGCCUGCUCUCUGGCUCUCUCGAUGGCCACGUCAAGGUCUUUGAAACCUCUGGCUGGAACGUUGUUGGUGGACUGAAGUACCCCUCUCCCAUCCUCUCUCUGUCUGUUGUUCCAAGUCAGAAGGAAGACAAGCACAUCGCCGUUGGUCUCUCCUCCGGCGUUCUCUCUAUCCGCACCCAUCUCAGCGGCGAACAGAAAGCGCUUGCCCGCGAGCGCGAGAAGGAAAUGAAGGCCCUCAUGGAAGGCAAGAUUGACGAGUACGACCGCGCCAAAAAGCGCAAGCGGGGCAAGGGCUGGGAGAAGCGCGUCCGAGGCAAAGACUUCACAGGCGAGAGCGCAGACAUCGUGAUUGAAGGGAACGCACGCGGGAAAGUGACAACUGGAGCUCCGUGGGCGCACGCACUACGACAGGCUCAGUAUGCAAAGGCGCUGGAUAUGGUGCUUGAGUCGAAGGACAACAACGCAAGAACCCAAUCCCUCUCCCUCCUCACCGCGCUCCGCCACCGCUCCGCCCUACGCUCUGCCCUCGCAAACCGCGACGAAAUAACCCUGCAGCCUAUCCUGCGUUGGCUUAUCAAGAACGUCUCCGACUACCGCAUCACCCGCUUGACCACCGACGUCGCCCUCGUUGUCUUGGACUUGUACGCCGACCAGCUGGGCCGAAGCGAGGAGGUCGACAACUUAGUCGAUGCACUGAUGGGGCGGGUGCGAGUCACAGUCGAGGCUAGUCAAAUAGCAUGGAGUGUGCAAGGCAUGGUCGAUAUGCUGACAGCGAGCGCGGGAGGCGAAGGCGUUGCUGAAGCCUAAGGAUGAAGACUGAGGUUGGUUCAAUUGCAUAGCGAUGGGCGUUUGGUGUGGCAUGCUUCAAAAGUUGGAUGUUUGAUAUACCUGGACAAAGCAAGACGCGCUUUGGAUGAUGGGACGAAACAAUGCACAAUGUUCGAUAUGAUAUUCCGUAC